UGAGCAAAUUGUAAAAACUGGUGGUCGCCGGUGGUCAAAAUCCCCAAAUUCACAAUGGCGGUGCGACAGAGAGCGGUGGCGACGCUGCCGACGCUUAUGAGAGCGUUACGAAAGGAAUCACCAUCGAUUCCACAGCGAUUGCCCUCACUCCGACGAGGUUUCUCGUUAUACGAUCAGGUUAAUCUCAUCGAUAACGUUCCAGAAGAUCAAUUGCGAUUUCAAGGGUAUACCGAUUCUGGAUUCACUGUUAACGGGGUGGAAUAUGAAGGCAGUUUGCUCUGUGUAGGUAACUUGCUAUUGUCUUGGACUCCGAAAAAAAUGUCGGAUAUAACUAUAGACAGCCUAUCCAUCUUCCAAGCAGUGCGACCUAUACCAGAAAUUUUGAUACUUGGCACCGGAAGAUAUAUCCAACCUGUUGAUCCUGAAAUACGCAAGUUCAUUCGUUCUACAGGCAUGAAGUUAGAGGCUAUUGACUCGAGAAAUGCGUCAUCUACAUAUAAUAUAUUAAAUGAAGAAGGCAGGAUUGUAGCUGCUGCACUUCUUCCAUAUGGAGUUUCUUCUUAGUAACUUCUAGAAGCUUUCUACUUUACGGUUUCGAUGUUGGACAAACGUUACUAGGUUGUUGGAAUGUUGAAAAGAUCAUCCCUGAUGUCUGAUAAUCAUGCUUUGCUUUGAGGUUAAAGAAGCUAUGGUGACAAAGAUUUGAUAUUUUUUUAAUGAAAUGUGUGUAGAAUAAACUUGAGUUUUAUUUCAUUGCUGGCAUGAUUGGAACUAAAGUGAGAAAAAUGGUUCAUAUUAUAUAGAGUAAA